CUCUCUUUCUCUCUCAGAAAAGAAACAAUUGCGAUAAAGACGACGACGACGACAUAUUGAUGCUCAACUAAACCUCCCAGAGUGAGACCCAGAAAAAGAUCUCUGCCAAUGUAGAAUCUGUGUUCCUUCACCGUUGCUCGCCCACUCUUCUUCUUCCUUUCUACCACUAACCACUCUCUCUCUCUCUCUCUCUCUGUAACGCUCCUCACAUCUGCUCCUUGGCGCCGUCUUCUUCCAUGGGUCCCACCAUCUCCACUCCUCCCCUCUCCACCAUUAUUAUAUCUAUAUAUGCGAAUUUGGAGCCCCCACCCCCCAACACCUAAUUCCCACCUUUUUUCUCUAAUAAAAAAAAAAUUCUUUUCCCUCAGUAAACAAGCUGGGACUGCCAAUUCUCCAGUUUUCCAUUUUUAAUUUAAUUUUUCUUUCCAACAAAUUCGUGGCGAUACAUGAACCCCGGCGAUGCCUACCCCCGUCGGAGUAGCAAGGCAAUGCUUAACUUCGGAGGCAGCUCACGCGCUCGACGAGGCGGUCGCUGUGGCUCGGCGCCGCGGACAUGCCCAAACCACUUCACUCCAUGCCGUCUCCGCUCUCCUUUCGUUGCCGUCUUCAAUCCUUCGCGACGCCUGCGGGCGUUCCCGGAGCUCUUCCUACUCGUCUCGCCUGCAAUUCAAAGCCCUGGAGCUAUGCCUGAGCGUGUCCCUGGACCGUGUCCCCUCGGCCCCAGUAGCCGACGACCCGCCUGUUUCCAACUCUUUCAUGGCUGCCAUCAAGCGUUCUCAAGCGAACCAAAGGAGACAGCCCGAGAAUUUCCAUCUCUACCAUCAAAUCUCACAGCAGCCCUCUUCAGUUUCUUGCGUGAAAGUCGAACUUCAGCAAUUGAUAUUGUCGAUACUUGACGACCCCGUUGUGAGCCGGGUGUUCGGAGAAGCGGGUUUCCGAAGCCCCGAAAUUAAGCUCGCUAUUCUUCGCCCUCUCCCGCAGCUACUUCGCUAUUCGCGCUCCAGAGGCCCUCCUAUAUUCCUCUGCAACUUAACGGAGCAUCCGGAUCCGGGUCGUCGGAGCUUCACCUUUCCAUUUGCCGGAUCGUCUGGGUUGUGUGACGGGGACGAGAACUACAAAAGAAUAGGAGAGGUGCUCUCCAGAGGCAGAGGCAGGAAUCCUCUGCUUCUGGGUGCAUGCGCGUGUGAUGCUCUUCGGAGUUUCACAGACGUCAUAGAUAAACGAAAGGAUGGUAUUUUGCCUGUAGAAUUAUGUGGGUUGCACGUGAUAUCCAUAGGAAAAGAUAUUUCCAAGUUUGUUGCAGAGAAUUGCGAUGAGAAGGCUAUGAGUUUGAAAUUGAAGAAGAUUGGCCAAAUGGUAGAGCAGUGUGUAGGACCUGGUUUAGUGGUGAAUUUCGGGGACUUGAAGUGUUUUGUGAACGAGAAAGCCUCAGGUGAAGCAGUGAGCUAUGUUGUUGGCGAAUUGGGAAAGUUGUUGGAGCUCAAUUAUGGGAAGUUUUGGUUGAUGGGUGCGGCAGCGAGCUAUGAUUGCUAUUUGAAGUUUGUGGGUAAAUUUCCAUCCGUCGAAAGGGACUGGGACUUGCAGCUUCUACCCAUCACCUCUGUUCGGCCUUCCAUGGCCGAAUCAUAUCAGAAGCCCAGAUCAAGCUUAAUGGAUUCGUUCGUCCCAUUUGGUGGCCUUUUCCCUUCACCUUCUGACUUAGAAAGUCCACUAAGUUGCUCGUAUUAUUCUAUCCCCCAUUGCCUUCAAUGUGGCGAAAGGUUUCGACAAGACGCGGUUGCCGCUUCAGAGGAAAAAUUUUCUGUUUCAUUUCCUGACUCUUGCCGAUCAUUUCCUCCGUGGCUGCGGACUCCUGACCUUGGCUCAGCAAAACCAUUGAAUACGAAGACCACCAAGGAUGAUGGCGUUGUGCGGGUUACGAAUGAACGUGGGCCACCCAAGGAAGUGGACGAGACACGCAGGCACCAUGUCCAGCAACCCCGUGAUGAAAAUACUUGUCAAACUGUCGUGGGUUUUGAAUGCAGAGACAUCAAGAAGACAGAUGUGGACAACAAUCACAGCGGCAAGAUUACUGAUGCGUCAGCAAUUGAGAACAUCGAUCUGAAUUCACGAGUGCCCGACGGUGAGCACAUGGUUUUUACGUCACAAUCAGGCAGUCCUUUUUCUGUUGUCUCCAAGCAGAAAUUCUCGUCAAGACUCUCGGAGAUGUUCCGGAAAGCUGAAGAUCUCCAGUCAGGUGACCUUAGAUCAUGCAACACGUCCGACUCAAGUACGUGUAAUGGUAGUCAAAUGUCUCCUUCAUCUGUAACCACGGACCUAGGCUUGGGAUUAUGCUCUUCCCGCACCACCAACAUAACUAAAAGAACUACUGGCGAACGCAUAAUUCUGAAUGUUGAUCUGUUUGAUCCAAAUGCUUUCCAGCGCGCAACCCUGUCUUCAUCUUGCUCAAGUUUUGACCAUGGUGGACGAGCUGACCUGAGAAAUCCCAAAGUUCUUUUCCAGUCUCUUUUGAAAAGGGUUGGCUGGCAGGAAGAAGCCUUGCAUGCUAUCAUUAGGACGCUAGUUUGCUGCCAAGCAAAAACAGGCAAACACCAGAAAGCAACUCAAAGAGGGGACAUAUGGAUGAAUUUUGUGGGACCUGAUAGGCAUGGUAAAAAGAAAAUUGCUGUUUCUUUGGCUGAGUUUUUGUGUGGAAGCCAAGAAAGUUUCAUUUUUGUGGAUCUAAAUUCAGAAGAAAUGAAAGGAUAUGAUGUGAAACUCAGAGGGAAGACUACUCUUGAUUUUAUUGUGCGGGAGCUGUCCAAGAAACCAUUGUCUGUAGUUUUCCUGGAAAAUGUAGACAAGGCUGAUAUGCUGGCUCAAAAUAGCUUGUCUCAGGCCAUCACGACCGGAAAGCUUACUGACUCGCAUGGAAGAGAAGUUGGUGUGAACAACUCAAUAUUCGUGACAUCUUUUCCAGUUAGCCAAAAUGAUAGCAUCCCGACCAGGGAGUCUUCCAAUUACUCUGAGGAGAGAAUAUUAGGGACGAAAGGUGGGGCAAUCAAGUUAAAAGUCGAGCAACUGGUUGGAGACCUUAGAAGCCAAAGCCUCGCUGUAGUUAGCAAUUCUGCAGAGACUAUUCCCAUUCCAAAUAUAGUUUUUGUAAAUAAAAGAAAAUUGAUUGGUGACAUCAGCGAGUUUCACUAUCAACCUGAUAUUUCAGAUACCGCUAAGAGGGCUCAUACAGCAUCAAACUGGGUGUUGGAUUUAAAUCUUCCAGCUGAACAGAAUGAGAUGCAACACAUGGAUGGUGAAAAUUACGAGCACGUCUCAACUGCGAACCAAAACCUCUGGCUCCAAAAUUUGUAUGACCAGGUCGAUGAAACAGUUGUUUUUAAACCUUAUAAUUUCGAUAUACUUGCAGACAGGUUGCUUAAAGUGAUCAGAAGGAACUUCCACAAAAUUUUUGGAUCUGAGUGUGCGCUACAGAUCGAGGCAGAAGCCAUGGAACAACUACUUGCAGCUGCAUAUGUCUCAGACAGGGACACAGAGGUGGAGGAUUGGGCAGACCAAGUUCUGAGUGGAGCAUUUGCUGAAUUACUGAAAAGGUACAACCUUGGUGCUAGUUUCAUUGUGAAACUUGGCACAUGUCAGGAUCAGGCUUCAGGCGUAUACCUUCCCCCGAAAGUGCUUAUAGACUGAUUGCUUCUAGAAAAUGUGGUCUUUUCCACAUGGAUGUAAAAGCAAGCAUGUAGCAAUAGCAAAUAGCGAACCUAAUUUAGCCUUAAAAUCCCAAUCAUAAUUGUAUUGGGUUUUGUUUCUCUGCGAUGUAGCUGUAUAAAUAUAUAUGUAUUCCGUCACUAGCGUCUGUGUUAUUAUCUACUUCUAGAAAGUUGUGUGGGUUUUAUAGUCAA